AUGCACUCUCCCAUCCCCCGGCGCCUCCAGCCGGGCAGCAGCAAGGAGGAGAGUGUGUCUGACUUUGUGACGCGCAACCUCGGCUCGCAGCUGCUGCACCGAUUGGUCGACCCCUUCUGCUCCUGCAUAUUCGCGGGGGACGCGGUGCAGAUGAGCAUGCAGGCAGCGUUCAACCGCAUAUGGCGCCUGGAGGCCGAGGGGGGAGUGGCUGCUCGCUCCGUGCUGCUCACAGUGCCUGCUUAUGUGGCAGCUGACGUCAUCAGAGCUUUCUCACCCACAGCAGCAGCAGCCCUGGAAGCCAUACCCUACCCGCCCAUGGCAUCUGUGGCUCUCUCGUACCCUGCUGCUGCUCUGCACCCACGCUCCCAAGGAUUGGCCACACUGGGCUGCAUCUACAGCUCGGCUCUCUUCCCCAGCAGGGCACCUGACGGUCGAGUGCUGCUAAUCUGCUACGUGGGCGGUGCGGGGAACGAUGCCGUCGCUGAAAUGUCCCACACAGACCUCAUAGAAGCAGUUGAUCGUGACAUGCGCACCACGCUCGUCCAUCCCUCUGCCCCUCCGCCUCUGCCGCUCGGAGUGCGAGUGUGGCCGCGCGCCGUUCCGCAGCUGAAUAUUGGGCACCUUGCCAGGGUAGAGGCGGCGAGGGAAGGUAUUAAAGAGGCGGGUAUGGGUGGGGUGUUUCUUGGAGGGAACUAUUUGACGGGUGUUGCGCUGAGUUGGUGUGUUGAGGGAGGGUAUGCGAAUGCUGUUGAGAUCGACGCGGUAGCCAUGGCGACCGUAUCGCAGGCGGCGGCGAGAGCGCCGUACUCCGUCGCUGUGUCGCUCGGUGGAAGGGCCGCGCAGCGAUUGGCGCAGAGCACCCAUUCUUUUCCUAAGGCCUUCUUUUCGGGGCUCAGACAAGUGAGCCUUUCGGGUGAAGCCAAAUCGUCGCACGUCGCGCAGAGGCACGUCGCCAGCCGCCGCGGCGCUCGCUGCGACGCGACGGGGGCCGCUGCGACGGCGGGGAGCGACGGGAAGCCGCGCGUGCGAUUCGCACCGUCGCCGACAGGGAACCUGCACGUGGGCGGGGCUCGCACGGCGCUCUUCAACUGGCUCUUCGCGAGGGCUACGGGCGGCAAGUUCGUGCUGCGCGUGGAGGACACCGAUCUGAACCGCUCCACACCGGAGUCCGAGGCCGCCAUGGUGCGCGACCUGCGCUGGCUGGGGCUCGACUGGGACGAGGGCCCGGACGUGGGCGGUCCUCUGGGUCCGUACAGGCAGUCAGAGCGCAACGAGAUCUACCGCGAGCUCACAGAGAAGCUGCUGGCGUCAGGCAUGGUGUACCGCUGCUUCUGCACUGAUGAGGAGCUAGCAGCAAUGAAGGCGGAGCAGGAGGCGAAGAAGCUUCCUCCCAAGUACGCGGGCAAGUGGGCGACUGCCAGUGAGGAGGAGGUGGCUGCUGAGCUGGCAAGGGGCACACCACACUCAUUCCGGUUCCGAGUGCCGCCCAACAAAGUCAUCAAGAUCAACGACCUUGUCCGAGGGGAGGUGGCGUGGAACACAGACACCUUGGGCGACUUUGUGGUGCUGCGCAGCAACGGGCAGCCGGUGUACAACUUCUGUGUGACUGUGGAUGACGCCACCAUGAAGAUCUCCCACGUCAUCCGAGCGGAGGAGCAUCUGCCCAACACUCUGCGCCAGGCGCUCAUCUACGAGGCCCUCGGUCUGCCCAUGCCCACGUUCGGCCACGUGUCGCUCAUCCUCGCCCCGGACCGCUCCAAGCUCUCCAAGCGCCAUGGCGCCACCUCCGUGGGCCAGUUCAAGGACCUGGGCUUCCUACCAGAGGCGAUGGUGAACUACUUGGCGCUGCUGGGGUGGAACGAUGGCACAGAGGACGAGAUCUUCACGCCCUCGCAGCUCGUUGAGAAAUUCUCCCUCUCCCGCGUCACGAAAUCUGCCGCCAUCUUUGACAACGCCAAGCUAAGGUGGAUCAACGGCCAGCACUUCCGCCAGCUUUCCGAGGAAGCUUCCACGCAGCUGCUCGCCGAGCAGUGGCACGCCAGCGGCCUGCUGGCGUCAGCAGACGCUACCAGCCGCACCGCACAGGCCGCAGCAGCGUUGGUGCGCAGCGGGCUGGAGCUGGUCACAGAUGCCGACGAGGCACUGGAGGCGCUGCUGGCGUAUCCGCUCAAGGACACACUCGCCAGCGAGGAGGCCAAGGCAGUGGUGGAGGACGGGUUGGAGGACGUGAGGGCAGCGCUGCUGGCAGAGUGGGAGAGCGGGGCACUGCUGACAGCCGUGGAUGGCGGCGCUGCGACGUGGAAGAAGUGGAUCAAGGGAUUCGGGAAGGCCACUGGGCGCAAGGGCAAGCGCCUCUUCAUGCCCAUCCGAGUGCUGCUCACAGGGCGUAUGCACGGGCCAGACGUGGGGGAGACACUCACCAUGCUGCAGCAUGCAGCAGCGGACAAGGCGCUGGGGCCCAAGGUGCACUGCGUGGGGCUGGAGGAGAGGAUUAGUAUCCUUAGGGAUGCGGACCUCACUGCUGCUCCUGCUGCUGCUGCUGAGGCUGUGGCUGCGAGCGUGGCACAAUGA